GGCCGCUGCAGCCGCGCGCGGAGAGGGCGGCGGCGCCGCCGCGCAGCUGUCACUGAGAGACCCCCCCCCCCCACGCGUUCCUGACCUGCUACGCCGGAUUCCCACAACACUGCUGUGGGGAGCUUCAGGGCGAAGUCGUUUCUGUAUUCAGCUGCCCAGGCAGAGGAGAAUGGGGUCUCCAUACUCUGAAGAAUGAAAACGCGACAGAAUAAAGACUCCAUGGCGAUGAGGAGCGGACGGAAGAAAGAGGCCCCCGGGCCCCGGGAAGAGCUGAGAUCGAGGGGCCGGGCCUCCCCUGGAGGGGUCAGCACGUCCAGCAGCGAAGGCAAAGCCGAGAAAGCCAGACAGCCAGUCAAGAAGGCCCGCGUGGAGGAGUCCUCCAUCCCCAAAGCCAGCAAGCAGGGCCGCAGCGGGGACAUCUCGGGGAGCGAGAGUGAGGACACCAGUGCACCCAAAAAGACCAAGACGGAGGAGCUGCCCCGGCCGCAGUCGCCCUCCGACCUGGACAGCCUGGACGGGCGCAGCGGGAACGAGGAGGGCAGCAGCGACCCGCGCGACAUCGACCAGGACAACCGCAGCACGUCGCCCAGCGUGUACAGCCCGGGCAGCGUGGAGAACGACUCGGACUCGUCGUCGGGGCUGUCGCACGGGCCCGCGCGGCCCUUCCACGCCGCGCCGCCGCUCUUCCCGCCGCCGCCGCCGCCCGAGCCGGGCCCCGACGCCGCGCGGCCGCCGCCCGAGCCGGGCUUCGAGCCGCACCCUGCCGCGGCCUUCCACGCGCCCGCGCUGGAGCCGCCCGCCUCCAGAGCCUUCCCCGCCCCGCCCGGCGGCCCGCACCCGCCGCUCUACCCCGCGGCCGCGGCGGCCGCGCCCCCGAUGGGCCCCAAGGGGGCCGCCAAGCAGCUGCCGCCGCCCACCACCCCCAUCGCCAUGGCCGGCGCCGCCCCCAAGCCGCCCGGCGCGGGCCUCGGCCCCGCCGCGGCCCCCGCCGCCUUCCCGCACGUCGCCCCCAACCUGCCGCCGCCGCCCGCGCUGCGGCCGCUCAACAACGCGGCCGCCUCCCCGCCGGGGCCGGGGCACCUGCCCUCCCCGCACCCCGACAAGGGCCCCGGCCCCGCGCCCUCCCCGCACCCGCUGCCCCCGGCCUCGGCCGCGCCCCCGCUGCGCUACCCCUACUCGGGCCCCGCGCCGGGCUCGGCGGCGGCCGCCUGUAGUACCGGCGGCGGCGGCGGCGGCGGAGGGCCGUACCCCGCGUCGCAGGCGCUGCCCGGCUACCCGCACGCCUUCCCGCCGCCCGCCAACCUGUCGGUGGCCAACCAGCCGCCCAAGUACACGCAGCCCGCGCUGCCCGCGCAGCCCGUGUGGAGCCAGGGCCCGCCGCCCGCCUACGGCCGCCUGCUGCCCGCGCACGCCGCCGCCUUCCCCGCCGCGCCCGCCGCCGGCGCCCCGGCCCCGCACCCCGCCCCGCACCCCCACCACCACCCGCCGCCCGCGCCGCACCACGCCGGCCCCGGCGCCUUCCCGCACCCCGGCGACGGCGCCCCGGCCUACGGCGGCGGCCUGCGGCCCUUCGCGCCCGCGCACCCCGCGCCCGCCAGCUACGGCCCGCCCGGCCCCGCCGCGGGCCCCGCGCCCGCCGCGCAGCCCCCGGGCCCCGCCGCCUUCCCCGGCGCGCACGCCAGCGCCUUCCCGCCCGGCCCCGCCGCCACGCUGGCCUCCGUCAUCGCCGCCGCCUCGCCCGCCGCCUACAAGACCGCGUCGCCGCCCGGAGCCCCGUUCAGCAAGCGCCCCGCGUCCCCCGGCCCCGCCGCCGCGGGCCCCGGCUUCAAGACCGCCUCGCCGCCCGCCUUCCGCGGGGCCUCGCCGCCCGCCGCGCCCGCGCCCGCCCCGGCGCCCGCGCCCGCGCCCGCGCCGCUCAGCGCCGCGCAGAUCAAGCAGGAGCCGCCCGAGGACGCGGAGCCGCCCGACAGCCCCGCGCCGCCCGCGCGCAGCCCCUCGCCGCCGCCCAAGGUGGUGGACGUGCCCAGCCACGCCAGCCAGUCCGCACGGUUCAACAAGCACCUGGACCGCGGCUUCAACUCGUGCGCGCGCAGCGACCUGUGCUUCGUGCCGCUCGAGGGCUCCAAGCUGGCCAAGAAGCGCGCGGACCUGGCGGAGCGCGGCCGGCGCGAGGCCGAGCAGCGCGCGCGCGAGGAGCGGGAGCGCGAGCGCGAGAAGGAGCGCGAGAAAGAGCGCGAGCGCGAGAAGGAGCGCGAGCUCGAGCGCAGCGUGAAGCUGGCGCAGGAGGGCCGCGGCCCGGUGGAGUGUCCGUCCCUGGGCCCCGUGCCGCACCGGCCCCCGUUCGAGCCGGGCAGUGCGGUGGCCACGGUGCCGCCGUACCUGGGCCCGGACACGCCGGCGCUGCGCACGCUGAGCGAGUACGCGCGGCCGCACGUCAUGUCGCCCGGCAACCGCAACCACCCGUUCUACGUGCCGCUGGGCGCCGUGGACCCGGGCCUGCUGGGCUACAACGUGCCCGCGCUCUACAGCAGCGACCCGGCGGCGCGCGAGCGCGAGCGCGAGGCCCGCGAGCGCGACCUCCGCGACCGCCUCAAGCCGGGCUUCGAGGUGAAGCCGGGCGAGCUGGAGCCGCUGCACGGCGUGCCGGGCCCGGGCCUCGACCCCUUCCCGCGCCACGGCGGCCUGGCCCUGCAGCCCGGGCCGCCCGGCCUGCACCCCUUCCCCUUCCACCCGAGCCUGGGCCCGCUGGAGCGCGAGCGCCUGGCGCUGGCGGCCGGGCCCGCGCUGCGCCCGGACAUGUCGUACGCCGAGCGCCUGGCGGCCGAGCGCCAGCACGCGGAGCGCGUGGCCGCGCUGGGCAACGACCCGCUGGCCCGGCUGCAGAUGCUCAACGUGACGCCCCACCACCACCAGCACUCGCACAUCCACUCGCACCUGCACCUGCACCAGCAGGACGCCAUCCACGCGGCGUCCGCCUCGGUGCACCCUCUCAUUGACCCCCUGGCUUCUGGGUCUCACCUGACCCGGAUCCCCUACCCGGCCGGGACCCUCCCCAACCCCCUCCUCCCUCACCCUCUGCACGAGAACGAAGUUCUUCGCCACCAGCUCUUUGCUGCCCCGUACCGGGACCUGCCGGCCUCGCUGUCGGCGCCCAUGUCUGCGGCCCACCAGCUGCAGGCCAUGCACGCGCAGUCGGCCGAGCUGCAGAGGCUGGCGUUGGAGCAGCAGCAGUGGCUGCACGCGCACCAUCCGCUGCACAGCGUGCCGCUUCCCGCCCAGGAGGACUACUACGGCCACCUGAAGAAGGAGAGUGACAAGCCGCUGUAGACCCCGGCCAUCAAGAGCCCCCCGCCGGCCCCAGCACCCCAACCCCGGAAGCCCCCGCGCCUGGCCUGCCGCCCGGAGCCGCGGGGAAGAGCGCUGCUGGGCCGCGGGACGCGCGUGCAGCGGGACAGCGGGAGGGAGGCGGGGACGGACGGGGCGGGGGGGGGGGGGGCAGCGCACAGUGGAUCUUGGACCAGGUCUCUCUUCCUCGUCCCCCGGCCUUCCUCCUCCUCCUCCUCCCCCCCAGGCCCAGCCCCGGGGGCCGCGCCCCCCCCUUUGGUGUGACUAUUUUCAUCUGUUAGAUGUGGCUGUUUUUUGCGUAGCAUCUGUGUGCCGCCCCCCCCCCCCAUCGGCCCCUCCGUGCCCCCCCUCUGCGAUGUACG